AUGGCAGGAAACUGGGCUCUUCAGCUAGUGGAAAGGACAAACUACUUACCGAAUGGAUUGCCGAUGACGAGGGGCCCGAUCAGCAGGGAGGAGAAGUGCAAAGUGCUCGUCGAAGCGUUGUACCACGACAACGAUGACUGGUCGCACCAGCAGAAUAUGAACGGGUUCCCCUCAGACCACGCAAACGAGGAAUUUGCAAGCGUCAUGAUGGAGAGACUCAGAAUAUACAACUACUGCUUCAUAGAAGGCGGCAUCGAUGUAGCGGACGUGUGGUCGCCGCAACUGGGCAGCAGCCCACUUGAGUUCCAGCACAGCAUGUUCCCCUUUCUCCGGAUCCCAGGGGAGGGUGAAGACGCGUUGCUUCCGACAGUGGUUGACCUUAGCACCAUGCAUAAGGUGCCCCUGCACCCAGCGCAGCUUGACAUCCACAACCACAAUCGCAACUUUUGGCGAAGUUGGAGCAAUAUGGCCCAGGGGAGGGGGAUCGUCACUACCUUUAGCGCCAAGAAGUUUUCUGACUUCUUCUUCAGACAGCUGAAAGUACUUCAAUAUCACAACAACGAACUGCCGAUUCAAAUCAUAGUUCAGGACAACGAGUUCUCAGACGAUUUCAUAGCAGAAAUAGCCGCUGCAGGGGAAAGAACGAAGCAAUCACUGUACCUUGUGAAGAUCUCAAAACUCCUGGAUCCUGCAAACCAGAAAUACCUCUCCGGGUGGAUUAACAAACUGCUUGCCAACCUGUUCAAUACUUUCGAAGAGUUCAUCCUUUUGGAUGCAGAUGUCGUCCCUUAUGCCGCACCGCAUACAUACUUCAGUACUAAGGAGUAUACAUCCACAGGUUUGUACAUGUUCCAAGAUAGAGCUCUCUUAAGCGAAACGGAAACUAUUUGUACAGACACUUUGAACAGCCUCGAACCGUCAAAGCAAGAAGUUGAACUUCUCGGAUCAUACCUACAGUUUACGCAUACAAUGGACUUACAGGGCAAAACGCAGGAGGAGAGUACGUACACAGCCCUGUUCAAGAAGAAACUGCCACAUAACGUCGAAACGGGACUGGUUACCGCCAACAAGAAGAGCAAGAUGUUCGGGCUGGUUACUAGUCUAAUGUUGAACUUGAACACGAAGCUGCGCGCGUGUUUUUGGGGGGAUAAAGAAUUUUAUUGGCUUGGUCCCUUAUUCGCCGGAGUAUCAUACACAAUAGAACCAACGCCGGCUGCUCUAACUGGGUUCCCCCUCAGAAGAUACGAAAACGACAUCUACCAGAACACUACUCUUUGCGACACACACAUUGCACAUGUCCGUGAUCAUGAGCUAUCUUGGAUUAACGGCGGGCUGAGGACUUUCAAACCUGAAGCGAACAUAAACUACAAAAAUAUCGAAAACCCUCCAGCGAAAAUGUCUGGCUGCUUGAUACCAGAUCCAGCUCACGGACCAUGGGUACGAGAGAAACGUGUAUUUGGUCACAUUCAUUGCGCGGCCGUCGUGGAACCAGACCUCGAUUUGACCCCCUACGGAGAGGUCAUAAGGUUUGAUGAGGAGACACAGCAGAGGACGGACGACAUUUCCAAAAUAUGGAAUUCAAACAUUGAUGAACAUGUAUAA